GUGCUCUGUAAUCUCCAACUGAUUUUUACUUAUCAAAUAGAUUUACAUACAGUAAAAGAACAGAGCAAAAAGAAAAAAGGUCGAUGAACUUUCAAUUUCGAUGGAAUGGAAGGGCUCCUUCUAUUUCACUUAUUCUAAUUCCUCCAGCUGUCAAAACUGGAUGCUGUCGAUGGGCCCCGGCUGUUUCAGACGGUCCUCGAACUGCCUUCAUUUCUCCAUAAGUCCAUGGGCGCCUUUAUUUUACAAGACGCUUUCGAUUCAGAGCACAAGCCUUUCGUGACAGUUUGACAAGGCCGAGAUUUCAAAGAAAGACGUCUACUUUUUGUGUGUUCCUCACAUGGUAUUCAUGGUUCAAUAUGAAUUGAACAUUGGCUAACAGGCCUCAAGAAUUUACGACUAAUGUCAAGCUGCUCAUUGUACGAUGGUCGAAAUGAUGCAACUUCUCCUAAGAAAAGGACAGUCGUCAAAAUGACGUCCCAAUUUUGUUUAGGGCAGAAAACAACAAACACGAGCUUAUGUUCUGUUUUUUUACAUGAAAAAGGAACAUCGUCCCUCGCCACAUUUUCAGCGGCUCCUGUUUCUUGUGCGCAUAGCCUCUGCGUCGUUGCUAGACUGCAUCCGGCAACUCAUUCUCUCCAGCCACCACCAUCACGCCAAGUCUUUCACGCUUUUGAGUGUUUAGACUACUAGAGAUGCUCUAACGACGAGCUUUAGUUCGUCGACCACAGCUCCCGACGUCGCACACGACGACCGGGCUCGGAGCCAAUCCUCAUCGUAUCGAUUCCGGACACAAGCUCUGCGGCGAGACUUUGGCAAUAAAAAGGAUGGCGUCGACCAAAGGAUCGACCACGUUCUUCCUUCUGGUCAGUCUAUUGACCAUUAUUCAACGUCCUCAUUUGAAAUGCGGAGCCCAGGAAGUGAUUCCCAUCGGAGCUAUCUUUGAAGUGGGAACGGAUGAAAUGCAGGCUGCCUUCCGGCACGCCGUGGCUCAGUUCAACCGGAUGAACGAGAGUGCCAACGGACGUCGAUACGAGCUCCAGGCGUUCGUCGAUAUCAUCAGCACGGCCGAUACGGUCAAACUCUCCCGACUGAUUUGCACGCAGCUGUCGAGGGGCAUCUUCGCCAUCCUGGGCGUCGUCAGCGCUGAUUCGUUCAGCACCAUUCACUCUUACACGAACACGUACCACAUGCCCUUCUUCAGUCCUUGGUUUCCCGAAAAGGUUCCUGUACCGACUUCGGGUCUGAUGGACUACGCCCUUAGCCUAAGACCCGAGUAUCACCAAGCCAUCCUGGAUGUUAUCGCUUACUACGGAUGGAAGAAUAUUAUUUACAUCUACGAUUCUCACGACGGUUUACUGCGACUGCAAGAGCUCUACCAACGCAUCAAGCCAGGAAGCAACAAUAUCUUGAUUGAAAUGGUCCGUCGAGUGGAGAAUUCCCGGGAAGCUAUCCAGUUUCUGCAGACAUUAGAAUCGAUCGACAGGUACGGUCGCAAGUUCGUCGUUCUCGAUUGCAGCGCUUCGUUGGCUUCGGAAAUCAUCAUCCAGCACGUCAAAGACGUCCACCUGGGCCGUCGCAACUAUCACUACCUGCUCAGCGGAUUGGUGAUGGAUGAUCGUUGGGACGAACGCGUUAAAGAAUACGGUGCGAUUAACAUCACCGGAUUCAGAAUCAUCGAUACGGAGCGACCCACUGUCCAGCAGUUUUUCCGCACAUGGGAGGCCCUGGAUCCAGCCAUCUAUCCUGGAGCUGGCAAACCAUUUAUUCCAGCACAGGCCGCCCUGGUGUACGAUGCCGUCACUUUAGUGGCAGACACUUUCAAUCGGAUGUUGAAAAAGAAGCCGGAUACGUUUCGCUCUUAUCUGCAACGCAAUAAAGGCGAUUCGCUGUCUAACGCAUCCAGGGCUCUCAACUGCUCCCGCAACGCCGUCUGGGAGCAAGGCGACCGUAUUGCGAAAUUUGCUCGCAAACAAUCGGAUCUGGAAGGAUUGACGGGAAGUUUGCGAUUCGGAGAAGACGGAAGAAGAGAAAAUUUUACCCUCAGCGUCGUUGAAAUGACCGUCAACAGCGACAUUGUCAAAAUUGGACAAUGGUCGGAGCAAACGAGAUUCCAAAUGGUUCCGGCCAAGUACGUUCGACUACCGGCCACACCGGAAUUCGAGAAAAAUCGAACUUACAUUGUCACGACGUACAUGGAGGAGCCGUACAUGAUGAUGCGCAAGACGGAAGGCGGUGAGGAAUUCACUGGAAAUGAUCAAUUCGAAGGCUACUGUAAAGACAUGAUGGAUCUAAUUGCCGCUAAACUCGGCAUUAAUUAUGAGUUACGUAAAGUCAAGGAUCACAGAUACGGUAACGAAAAUCCUAACGUCACCGGCGGAUGGGACGGUAUCAUCGGCGAGCUGAUCCGUCGGGAAGCUGACAUGGCGGUGGCGGCGCUAACGAUCAAUUCUGGCCGCGAGCGUAUGGUUGAUUUUAGCAAGCCUUUCAUGGACCUUGGCAUUAGCAUCAUGAUCAAGAAACCGGUUAAAAAAUUCCCGGGAGUCUUCAGUUUCAUGGAUCCGCUCUCCAAGGAAGUCUGGAUGUGUAUGACGUUCGCUUACCUGGGCGUUUCCAUCGUCCUGUUUGUCGUCAGCCGAUUCGGCGGCGCUGAAUGGAAAAUCGAAGAUUCUCACGUGGCUUUCACGCCCAUCGCCGAGACGUUAAACGCAGACGUCGACCCCCAAUCGUCGGAGAAUUCUUCGCAAAUGUUGACCAAUCAUUUCUCCGUAAAAAAUUCGCUGUGGUUUGCCCUGGGCGCGUUUAUGCAACAAGGCAGUGACAUCUCUCCUAGAUCAAUAUCGGGAAGAAUGGUAGGCGCCGUCUGGUGGUUCUUUACGUUGAUUCUCAUCUCUUCGUACACGGCCAACUUGGCCGCUUUCUUAACGGUCGAACGAAUGGUGACGCCCAUCAACUCGGCAGAAGAUUUGGCUCGUCAGACGCAAGUCGAGUACGGAACCCUCAAUUCCGGCACGACACUCGACUUCUUCAAAAAUUCAAAGUUCGCCGUCUACAGCCGCAUGUGGGAAUUUAUGAACUCUAGGAAGCACGUCUUUGUACGCACUUAUGACGAAGGUAUCCGUCGUGUUCGCCAAUCCAAAGGCAAAUACGCUCUGCUCAUCGAGAGCCCCAAGAACGACUACGUGAACGAACGCCAUCCGUGCGACACGAUGAAAGUCGGCCGUAAUUUUGACACCAAGGGUUUCGGGGUGGCUACUCCGCUCGGUUCACCUUUGAGAGAGCAAAUUAAUUUGGCGGUUCUGUCGCUGAAAGAAAGCGAUGAUUUGGCUCGUUUGACUAACAAAUGGUGGUACGAUCGAGGUGAAUGCGCCAAUGCGGACAAACAGGAAACAACACAGAACGAGCUGUCGUUGAGUAACGUGGCCGGGAUCUUCUACAUCCUUAUCGGUGGGCUCGUACUCGCACUGGCCGUCGCUUUCUUUGAAUUCCUUUACUGGUCUCGAGUCGACGCUAAAAAGAAUAAAAUUUCAUUAACAGAAGCCAUGAAAGCCAAAGCUCGAAUUUCUAUUACCGGUGAAUUCACCCACCUCCAUCACAAUUCGACAGUAUCGUGAAUGACAGGUUUCUGAUGUUGAACUGCACGUGAACGAUUCACACCAGGGUAUUUUAAUGAUCUCCUUUUUUUUUCUUCACUACUUUCGAGACAUUUUUUUUUUUUUUUUUUAAUGGAAGCAAUGGAAAUUCCAGAGAGAAAUAUUUGUGUUGGAUGACCGGUGGUGUAUUGAAAGUUUGUUCAAUCGUAAGCUAUUUGAUAUCGUUUCCAUCCAUGAAAAUCCGCUUAUUAAAAACAAGUGGCAUAUGAUGUUACGUGAAAUUCCCUAUCCGUUUUCCGUUCUUUGUUUAAGUAUUCAAUGUUUUGUGUCAUGAAUCUUGUUGGACAAAAAAAAAUACAUUGUGUUUACAUAUGG